AUGCCGGGCGGCAGGGGAGGCGAGGGGCGGGCGAGGAAGGCGCAGUCGCGCUCGUCGCGGGCCGGGCUGCACUUCCCGGUGGGGCGGCUGCACCGGCUGCUGCGGCGGGGGCGCUACGCGGCGCGGGUGGGGGCGGGCGCGCCGGUGUACCUGGCGGCGGUGCUGGAGUACCUGACGGCCGAGAUCCUGGAGCUGGCGGGCAACGCGGCGCGCGACCACCGCAAGGCGCGCAUCGUGCCCCGCCACGUGCAGCUGGCCGUGCGCAACGACGAGGAGCUGGGCCGCCUGCUGGGCCGCGUCACCAUCGCGCAGGGCGGCGUCCUGCCCCACAUCCCCGCCGCCCUCCUGCCCCGCAAGGCCGCCCCCGCCGCCAAGAAGACGCCCGGCCAGGCCUCCUCGCAGGAGUACUAG